CGCCAGCACGUAAAUUUAUUUUUCCCCUCAAUCCCAGUUUAGGUUUCCGAGUUCGUGCGAUUAUCUCAGCUCGCAAUCAUGGCUAUGCAAGCUGCUCUGGGUUCUCGGGUCCUGCUAAUCGCCGGAGCAGGUUAUUUAGGUACUGUGUUGAUUCAGAAAGGCAAAUUGUCUGAGUUGAUCGGUGAAAUUCAGGCUUUAGUGAAGGGAAUUGAGAAAGGUGAUUCGGAUGGCGAGACGGAUGUGCUCACGCAUCAGGUGGGUCUACUGGCCCAACAAGUUCGACAACUCGGUUCCUUCCGGCACAUUACGGUUCUGAAUAAUGGUCAAUCAGGUAAUUAUACUGGUCUUAUAAUUCCAGCAGCUACAGUUGGAGCUGUGGGUUAUGGUUAUAUAUGGUGGAAGGGUUGGAAAAUUUCUGAUCUUAUGUACGUGACAAAGCAGAGUAUGACAGCUGCUGUUUCGAAUUUGACAAAGCAUCUGGAGGGCGUGACUGAUGCUCUGGCUAAAGCAAAGGAACACUUAACACAGCGCAUUCAGGGUUUGGAUGAUAAGAUGGAUGUGCAGAACGAGAUCUCUCGGAAAAUUGAAAGUGACGUUAAUACUAUCCAUGAUAAUAUUCAGAUGCUUGAUUCUGAAGUGGGGCAGUUGAUAAGUUUUGUCAGUGGGUUGAGUCUAGCUAAUUAUGGCAUUGACUGCCUGUGCAACUUGGUCAAGGGAAAGGAAGUGAUAAUGCCCAAAGAAAUGGAGGUAAAGUUUGUUUCGGGGAGCAGUCGUGCAAUUACAUUCCCUGGUGAUUCAGGUUCCAUGGUAAUGAUAUAUUAUAUUACCGUGAGUCCUAAAGCAGCUGGGAUCUACUUCGAUACUUUUCAUGAGGGUCUUAAGGCGCUGGACUAUUUGUCUAUACUUUCUGAUGACAUCCAAGUGAAUGGAGAAGAGCCACAGUCCCCGCCACGUCGUCUUGUUCUACCGAGGGCUAAUUCUGUCAAGGCUUGAUUGACUAGAGGUUGCACAACUGGCUGGUUCUGACAGCAGAGUAGGGUUAUAAUUUUCGGAUUGCAUGCAUGUUGUUUGAGUACGGGUUUAGACAUGGUUGGGUUGUGAUGAACCAUCUAGUAUAUAUAAUACUGCAGGCCGGGUGAGGUUUGUUUUAUUAAGAUUUGUUUAAUUAUCUAUAGUAUUAGGAUUGGCUAUUAAAUAUUUAAAUUAUUUUAGACGAUUACAAUCGUGUAGUCUUAAACACAUUCUUCAAAAAUUUGUCGGUCAUUCACUUGUGGCUUUAUUUUUGGUU